AUGAAAGUUAAAGGCCGCACGUUCAUCAUCAGCGGCGGCGUGUCCGGCCUCGGCCUCGCAACAGCCCGCGCCCUACACUCACUCGGCGGCUACGUCUCGCUGCUCGACCUGAACAGCGACAACGGCUCCAAAAUCGUGUCUGAGCUGGGCACAAGGUCCAAAUUCUUUGAAACCGACGUUUCCUCAACUGAUGCCAUCGCCUCUGCGAUCAGCGGCACCGUGGCCUGGAUUGCGGAGACACAGGCGCCCAUAGGAGGCGUGAUAGCCGGUGCAGGCGUCGGUCUACCCGGCCUCAUCAUCGACAAGAAAAACGAGCCGCUGAGCAUUGAGAGCAUAGACUUUGUGCUCAACAUCAACCUGCGCGGCACCCUCGACCUCAUCCGCCAAGCGCUGCCGCACAUGACACUCAACACGCCCGAUGGGUCUGACGGCGAGCGCGGUGUAAUCAUCAUGAUCGCCUCCUCGGCCGCGUUCGACGGCCAGAUGGGCCAGGUCUCGUAUGCAGCGUCCAAGGGUGCGGUUGCGAGCCUGACCCUCCCGCUGGCGAGGGACCUCAGCAAGUACGGUAUCCGCGCCGUCACCAUUGCGCCGAGUAUGUUUGAUAGCGCGAUGACGAAGAUGAUGAGCGCAAAGGUUAAGAAGAGCCUGGAGAGCAGCAUGGAGUUCCCCAAGCGCGCAGGCGAACCAGACGAGUUUGCGAGGCUGGUGGUGGAGGUGGUGGGAAAUCAGAUGCUGAACGGAACGGUGCUGAGGUUAGACGGCGCGAUGAGGAUGCCGGCGCGGUUGUAG